AUGGAAGCACAGAAGAGUGGGCAGAGAGGCCGAGGCAACCUUCAGUUGAUGGUGACUCUGGAGGACAACGGGCCAGCUGAUGGAAACGAGAUGAUCCAAAGUCUGAGAAACGGAGCUCAGUUCCGGUGUUGCGAGUCCCCGCCAGGAGACGCGCGAGAUGGAGAGCGCGUGCUCGGGUUGCCUUCUCGUGUUCCCGGUGUCCGGGGGUGAGGGACUAGAUGUCUCUAGACUGCGGAGAACCUCAGGUUGUGGACUUCGCGGGAAGAGUCACCCCCUUGAGAUCGGGAGGACUGGAGUGGAGAGUAGAGCCACUGUCCGCGAUGGCUCAGUUGGCGACCGAGCCCGGAAGAGCUUAACACUUCCUCUUCGUGCUCCCCUUACAGAGAGGGACCCUUUCGGGCCAGGGAGCUUAUUUUAGUUCAGACGGGGAAAAGACAGCUGUGCAACUGUCGGGCACUUUAAUAGUAGCUGGGGACAAUCCCGUUCAGCGAGAUGGUGGGCAAGUUCUCUGGCCAGAUCCUGAGGAGUUCCUCUAGUAAAAGUUUUCUGCUGCAGAGGUCAACUUUGGAUGGGAUUCGCACCUGUGAACUUGCUCUCUUGUGUGAAGAGGUAAGCGAGGUAGUCAGAGACUGGCUGGUUUGCCUUACAAAGCAGAGAAGUAGAAUUCUGCCUCUAAAAGUCAGACCAAGAAUCAACACAAAUUUACAAUUACAUUCUCAAAAGAAAAUUGGAGCUGGAAAUGAAGUGUUUCAAGAGGAGAACCAUGGUGAGCUCCAGUUUUAUUUUAUGCUUGCAUAUUCAAUAUCUCAUUCUGAUUUUCUAUACAGACCAUAUCUCUAUAUUGCUAGAUCUGCUCACUGGCAAACUGUCCACACGGCUUUUCUUGUCAGGUUGAGAAAGGUCAAACCACAGCUGAACUGA